AUGUCGCGCCAACUUAUCUCGAGCGAGAAGUUCCCUCCUAAGCCUCACAACUGCCCCGCGGUCAAGGUUCCCGGACUCGUCUUCUGUGCCGGUCAGACAGCCACAGGAGAGAUCAAGCAAGCCACACGAACUGUACUCCAAAAUCUUAAGGAGGUGCUUGAGCUGUCUGGGUCAUCGCUUGAGCAAGUAGUCAAAUACAAUGUCUAUCUUGCAGACAUGAAGGACUUUGCUGCCAUGAACGAGGUAUAUAUCGAUUUCCUGCCCAAGCCAAUGCCUUCUCGGUCGUGUCUGCAGGCAGUUCCUCCGGGUGAUGGAACGGUUAUUGAGAUUGAAUGCAUUGCGCAGGCCUAG